UGAAACUGAACAUCAAUCAAGGUAGACGAAAAAUCCCCGCUCGGAUCGGCCUUUGUAUGCCAAGAAUUGAUCAGAAAUAGUGACACAAGCUUCAUCAUUCAUCUCAUCAGUAACAGUAGGAUCAAACGCUGAUGUUAUAGUUGUGGUCAGAAAUACCCCAACGAAUUGCCUUCACACCAAAAUGACUCCUCGAUCAUUCAUUCGGACGCCCAUGAAGCAGUGAUUCCUGGGGAAGGAGUGCAAGUACAAGAUCUCGUACUUGACUGAAUGUAUCUCAACCAAAGUAUUAUUCUAUUUGGGAGCCAUGCAUCCCAAAGAUUGUGAUUUUGUACACCACUUGAACACGAGCCAAGCUCAAUGCGAGUUCGUCCAAAACAAUCCGGAUUGCCAAUCUGACGGAGGAUUCAUCGACUACAUUGAUUUCUAUUUCUGCUCUGAGAGCCACCAUCAAUACUUGGCCCUUGCGGCCUUUGUUCUUUGGAUUCUGGUGCUUUUUGUCGCUUUGGCCACGAGUGCGGAUGAUUUUUUCUGCCCCAAUCUGGCCGUUAUUUCCCGGACUCUGAGACUGUCCCAUAAUAUCGCUGGUGUGACCAUAUUGGCCUUUGGCAAUGGAGCCCCGGAUAUCUUUUCCUCAUUGGCGGGAAUUUCCCAAGCUCGACCCGAGCUUGUUUUGGGUGAACUCUUUGGAGCCGGAGUCUUCGUGACCACAGUGGUGUCGGGGGCCACUUGUAUCACCAAACCGUUCAAGUUGAUGGAAAGGCCGUUCCUCCGGGAUGUGAUUUUCUACCUUGGAGCUGGAUUUUGGGCUUUUUGGAUAUUCUAUAGCGGAAAGAUUCAUUUGUACGAGGCCCUAGGGUUCCUAGGACUUUACUUGGUAUACAUAGUCGUGGUUUUGGUUGGCAGACUCGUCCAUCACCGACAGAGAAGGUCGGAAAGUUUGCUCCGAGCCAAUCAUCUCUUUGAGGAUUCUUCGGAAUCCUCGUCCAAUUCGAAUUUAAACAUAUUCAUUCCAAACGAAACUCUCAUCGAAGACCCACCUGUCACUGAAGAUGACGAACUUGAGAACCAAGAUGAUUCCGAAAUUCCCAACACGGAAAUCCUCGCACGCCCAAACCCCAGCCCUUCAUUGAGUAAUAUCGAAGACCCACAUGAACCGCAGGAGCCUUAUAUGAAGUUUUACAAGGCGUUCCUUCCCAUGGAUAUGGGGCUUUUGCGUUCGGGAGAAGUAUCCAUUGUCCGAAAAAUUUGGGAAGUGGUGCGAAGCCCCGUUGUAUUCCUGUUGAACCUCACCGUUCCCGUGGUCAAUGACGAUCUGGAAGAUGGUAGUUGGUGUCAGCAUAUGGCCAUCAUUCAAUGCCUGAUUGCUCCCCAAUUCGUGAUAUUCGCCGUUUCAGUGGCCUUCACGCCCAUAUUUCAGAGUGUGAACUUAUGGGAGCUCAUGAUCAUGAUAGGCCAAGCUUUGGCCAUCUUCAUCCUAUGCACAUCAUCACCGAACUAUCCUCCCCGAUACCACGCCUUAUUGGCGUAUGUUGGCUUUGGCGUGUCCGUGAUUUGGAUUUACCUGAUUGCCAACGAGAUCGUGUCCUUGCUUAAGACCGUGGGCGUCCUCUUUGGCCUUUCCGAUGCUAUUCUGGGCCUGACCGUUUUGGCUUGGGGCAACUCUAUCGGUGAUUUGAUAACCAAUACGAGCAUGGCCAAACAAGGCUAUCCUCGUAUGGGUUACUCCGCUUGUUUUGGAGGCCCUUUGUUCAAUCUGCUCCUGGGAAUUGGAAUUCCCUUCACCAAAGCCUUGAUUCAGAAUGGCAACCGACCAAUAUCUUUGGAAUUUAAUCCCAUGGUCAUGGUUUUGUCAGCGUCUUUAGGAGUCGCGCUCCUAACGUCAUUCGUCAUGAUGCCUUUGUCAAAAUUUAGAGCCUCAAGGACCCACGGAUUUGUCCUGAUUGGACUCUACCUAGCUUUACUCACGGCGGCUAUUUUUGUCGAAUUCAAAGUGACCUAUUAGUUUCAUACUAAUGAACAUGUAUUAUUAACAGAAGCGUCGCAAAAGAGAAUAUACAUUCUAUAUCGAG